AUGAAGGCCACGAAACAGGCUCUGGAUCGUGGCUUGAAGUACAAGGAAGCAUUGCGGGAUCACAAAACAGCUGCACCUUCCAGUUCCUCCAAAUGGAGGCCCCCCAGCAUCCCACUUACAACGCCAGUGGGAGUGGCGGAUAUGACAUUGGGUGACAUGAUGAAGAAAGAGAAGCUCAGCUACCCUGAUGCCGUUACUGUUUUCCUUGCUUUCAAUGAGUCCCUGGCGAAGAAGCCUUCCAAGAAGCCCAAGAAAGCCGAGAAAGCCAACACGAACUCCUCAGCAGGUGAGUCAGCAGCCCCGGCCGAAGCCGAUGAACCCCAGCCGAAGCGCAAGAAGACCAAAGCCGAGGAAGCCGAUAAGAAAUCCGGAAAGCAGCCCCCAGCCAAGGAAGCCGGUAAGAAAUCCAGAAAGCAGCCCCCGUCUGAAGCUCCAGUCGAUUCUGUGGACACUGGCAAGAGAAGCUCUGUGGCUCCGAAAGCCAAAGCUUCUAAAGCCAAGGCUCCUCCACCAUUGAAGCGCAAAGGAGCUUUUGUGCAUGAACCUGAGGCUGAGGUGCUCGAGGCGCCGUCCAAGCGACUGAGAGGUAAGACUGGUGCAGCAAACCAGAUCCCCGAAGACACACAAGCAGACCAGAUCCCCGAAGACGCAGAAGCAGACCAGAUCCCCGAAGACGCAGAAGCAGACCAGAUCCCCGAGAACCCCAACCCGGAGGAAGACGACGAGGACAGUGCCCUUUUCAAGGAUUGGGAUGAGCUCUGCUAUGAGUACGACCUAUGGAGACAAGGACUUCCUCAACAGAGUGAGCUGGACGCUGCUUUGAAGGCUCACAGAAAUUCUGCUCCCGUGACUCCUGUGCCAGCAGUUAAGUCGGGGCCGGAUGCACAGUGCCUGCUGGCACUGCCUGGGCCGGAGCCGCCCCGUGGUGAUGCGAAUGAUAGCCAAGACUCCCAGACGAAUCUCAGCGAUCUCGGGCCCUCGGCAAGCCAAGUUGCAAGUGCACUUGACAUGAGCGUGCUGUUGCAGCGUGUGCAGCAGUUGGAACUGGAAAAGGCCGAACUUCAGUCGCAGCUCAGCAGCGACUCGAAAAGUACCACUUCGGAAACAAAGGACCCCGUGCCCGAAGACGCUUCGAAAGAACCCGCUGCAUCAAAGCCUGUGGCUACGCCUGUCAGGGCCAAGGUGCAUGUGUUCCACGAUUCGCCGUCGCCUGCCCCAGCGAACCAUGCUCUUCCCGCCUGUCUGAACGACUUAAAGAUCAAGACUCAAGCCCAGCCGGUUCCAAGACCAACGGAGAUGCCAACGGAUGGGUCAGAUGUCAAGCUGGAGGAGCCGUCUGAGAGGAUUUCAUCUGCUACGCACCGAAAAGAAUAUGCCAAACUCAACCGAUUGCACGAUGCUGGAGCACUGGCCAACUACCCGAGCAUGCUGGCGUUGCAGGAGGGCACCCUGGAUGAGAAGCGCAAGCUGUUGCGCAACUGGGUGCUUUCGGGCCAGAACUUGCAGGCUUGCGAGAGCGCCAUCGAGGUUUCGCAGGAGUCCGGUGUGCGUGGCGAGAAAGUCUGGCUGAAGCAGAACUUCAAAGCGAACUGUCGUCCGGGAUCACAAUUCUUUGAUGCUCCUAUUCCUGGUGCCGAUCCGGGCCUCCUCAAUAAGAAGGCUGCCACGACCCAGCAAGCGCCGCUGAAGGCCGAUGUCCUGAGGGCUUUCGACAAGCGCAAGGACGAGUUGAGUCAGCUCGCACUGCAGGAGGCAAGUGGAGCAGGCAAGGAGCUCAAGAAGAGUGUGAAUGGCAUCACGGACCUGAUCUUUGAUAUGGGGGAUGUUCAAAAGCUUUCUUUGUGCAAAGGGCAAAUCAAAGGCCUGCUGAAGGAGCUCCAGAAGAGGGCUGCUGCCGAGCCGCCGAAGGUGGCUGAUGUCCUCGAUGAGAAGCGCCUUGAGAUGCCUACGGGUCUCGGCUAUUGGAUGGAUACAGCAGCAGGCCUCUACGAGAGGACACCUGACCUCUCCGAAUGCCGCACGGACUCCAAAGCCUCCCGCUACAUCAUGUAUUCUUUGUUGGUGCAGAGCUACCUCAUUCAGAGCAAGACGAAUAUAACACUUCAGACCCUGAAUUCAGCUAUUGUGGCCGACUUCAACAAACUGAGCGCAGAAGGUCUGCUGGUGGGCAAGGAGGUAUACUACUUUAUUCCUGUGGGCUUCAGAGGCGACCUGAAACAAAUGGGCCAGGCCUUCAACCUCACCCGCAAGCCGGGGUCGGAGAAGGCCAGUAUGGGGCGGAAAGACUUCAGUACUGUGUAUACUGAUGUUUCAGAAGCAGCUGGGUGGCGGAGCACAAUGCAUCAUGAUGGCAACUGUGAGCUGCCCUGGACCGAUGAGCCUGCUUUCGCGAAACUGCACUAUUUCCAGCUCUCUAUGCUUCGCAUUGACUAUAUGCAUACAUGGCACUUGGGUGUGGCUCGUGACCUGGUGGGCUCGGCUCUGAAAAUCAUUGCCACCGGCAAACACUGGUUUUCCGCAAGAAAUAUCAAUGCAAGGCUGAAGCAGAUCCUUGCAGCUGCCAAGGCUUUUGGGAAACAAAAGAAGCACUACAUUUCGAUCAAGAAGCUCACGAAGAAUGGCCUUGGAUGGGAUGAAUGUCCUGAAUUUAAGGGCUCUGCAGCCGACACGGCUGUUUUUCUUGGUUGGUUGGCGACGACACUUGUGGAAAGGCCGCCGCCGCCACCGUACGACGGCUUGCCGGGCGUUGUAUGGGUUGCCAAUCAUACCUGCGAGUUCCUCUUUGCUUCAGGCUGCUUCUUGUCUGAUGAGGCAUGGGAUCAAGUUCGAGUGCUGGCUCGGCUUUUUUUCCAUGGAUAUCUGCAGCUAGCAGUGAAUGCGCACGAGGCGGGAAAGCUGCUGUUCAAGACGAGGCCGAAAUUUCACAUUUUACAGCAUCUCUUGGAAGGCCACGGUGGCAAAAGAAAUCCGGCGUACGAUGCCACUUUUAUGGAUGAGGACCAUGUUCGCUGGUGCUUGAAGAUGUUCAGGAAGUGCUCGCAUAAAACUGCGAGCAUGAAUGUCCUGAAGAGACAUCUGGUGACUUUGAAGACCAACCUUCGCAAAUAUGUGUGA